AUGUCAAAUUCUGCCAGUUCAUCAACAACAUUUGGUUGUUCAAGUUCAACGAAUAAUAUAACUGAAUUAAAGCAAUCUGUUGUGAAAAAUUUUUUUAUUGAUGUUCAAGCAAGAAAACCAAAUUCGUGGUAUGGUAAAUGCUCAAUAUGUUCACAAGGUGUUGCUGAUACAUAUGGCACCACGUCUAAUUUUGUACGACAUAUGAAGACAAAACAUGAAAGUGAAUAUGAAGAAUGGUUAGCUAAGAAAAAUAUUAAUCUUGAUACAAAACAACGAAAUAUUGAUGAUAUGAUAAAGCAAAAAACAAAUAAAUAUUCAUCAAUUAAUCCAAGACAAGUUAAAUUAACUGAAUCAAUAAUAAAAGAUUUAAUAAUUGAAUGUGGUGUACCAUUAUCAUUAGUAGAACAAAAUGGUUUUAAAAAUUUCAUGGAAAUAGUUGAUCCAAUGUAUUCACUUUUAAGUCGUCGACAAUUAACUUAUGAUAAACUCCCAAAAUUAUAUGAUAAAAUGAUUAUGAAAUUAAAAUUAAACACAGAUCUUAGUACUUAG